AUGGGUGAUAUUCAUUAUUUUCUUGGAGUUGAAGCUACUCGAACUCCUACCGGUUUGUUUCUUAAUCAAGUUAAUUAUAUUUCCACAAUCCUUAAGAGAGCUAAUAUGGUGGAUGCAAAGCCACUUCACACUCUUGUUGCCACUGGGUCUUCUCUUUCCAAACAUGAUGGUGAACCUUUGAGUGACCCACUUCUCUACCGAAGCAUUGUUGGCGCUCUUCAAUAUCUUACUCUCACACGUCUUGAGCUAGCCUUUGCAGUUAAUCGAGCGUCAUAUUCUGAUGCUGAUUGGGUCGGAUGUCCUGAUGAUCGUCGAUUCACCACUGGCUAUUGUGUAUUUCUUGGAGUCAAUCUCAUUUCCUGGAAUUCCAAAAAGCAACAGGUUGUUGCUCGUUCUAGUAUAGAGUCUGAAUAUCGUGCCUUGGCUCAUGCUACUACUGAACUUUGUUGGCUCCAAUCUCUUCUAGGAGAACUUCACGUCACUCUGAAUCGUCCUCCUAUUCUAUGGGUGAAGGAGGAAAUUGUGAAGGUGGUUGGUCGGAAAAUGAAGAAGGGUAUGUGUAUGAAGGAGCAUUAG